CAAAAUGGCGAAUUCUAUUUCGUCUUUUUGAAGUGUUGUUUCAUUUGCAUCGCUUCGUACAAUUCUAUUUCUAAUUUUCUAAUUGUUGUAUAAAAGUAAUUCCAUGUUUUUUUAACUUUCAGUCGUGUGACAAAAACAAUUGGUUUAUUUUUAAUUCCUGAUCAUACUUUGAUUUUGGUUUAGUUGUGAGGAUAUCAUGAGUAAUUACGAUGACGACCAAAGUGAAGACGGAGAAUUAGCACGCAGCCCUAUACAUGAUGAAAUGGAUUUUAGCUUAUCUGAUGAGGACAGAGACAAUGCUGACUCAUUGAUAAUUAAACCUCCUCAAGCCGUGAUUCGACCUUCACAUAGGGACAAAAGAAAUCACAAACGUUCAGGAAAAGAGAGAUACAAGGAAAUAGCAUCAAGAAAAGAAAAAAAACAUUUCUAUAGGGAACGUGAUAAGUCUGAUAAAUCUAAGCGUGGAGAGGUACCAAAAAACUUGGAACGUGAAGAUAUGACGAAAGAGUAUUAUAGAGAAAAACAGUACUACAGAGAAAAGGAUCCAUAUCGGGAAAAGGACAUGAGGGAAAAAGAAUUAUACCAUGAAAGGGAAAUGUACAGAGAAAAGGAUGUGUAUAGAGAAAAGGAUCCUUACAGGGAACGAGAACAUUAUAGGGAAAGGGAAAUGUACAGGGAGAAUCCUUCAUACCGUGAAGCACCACGGCAAAGAGAUGUAUACAGGGGAAAGGAAAUGUAUAAAGAAAAAGAUGUCCAGAGGGAACGUGAAAUGUAUUUAAGUCGCGAAAGACAAAAAUAUGCAGAUAUUGAGAGAAAACGUUAUGAAGCAGAAAAAAUUGAAUCUAGGUUAAGGGUAUUAGCUGAAGAAAAUAGACCUAAUCAUAAUAAUGAGAAAGAAAAUAGAGAUAGAACCUCCGGUGAUAAAGAGCUAGAAGAUUUACGGACAAGAUUACUUAGUAAAAGAAUAUCUAAAGAAUUACAAAAUCAAGACAACAAGAAACAGUCUGAUUAUACUGAUAAAGAAUCGAAAUCUGAUGAUCGUCAAAGACAUUCAUCAUCAUUGGAUAGACAUCAACAAGAAAGAAGAAAACGAUUGCUAGAAGCUGAAAAAGAAAUGGAAAAACGAAAACAUGAAUCACGGACGGAAUUAGAAGCUCGACGUGAGGAGCGUCGUCGUCGUGGAAAGAAACGAUCAGUUUCACCAGAUGAUGUUGCUAACAAGAAAAAGCGACAACAAUCCCCUAACUAUGAUUCUGUUGUGACGGUAUCAGAUGCAAGUGACACAGACAUGAAAAGUGAUUCAGUUCAUUCAGAACCUGAAGAAGGUGAACAUUCAAAUAGUGAGACUGAAGAAGACAGUACCACAGAUUCAGAUUCUGAUGCUGAAUCCAAAUCAGCAGAAGAUGAUGAUCAUGAAGAAAAAUCUGAAAAGGAAGAUAGAAGUGACAAAGAGGAAGAAGUGGAGAAAACAAGACAUAAAUCCAAAUCAAAAUCUAAAUCCAAAUCACCCUCACCUAAAUCAGUUCACAGAAGUCCAUCAUCUCAUGGAUCUAGAAGAUCUAACUCUAGAUCAAAAAGCAGAAGUAGAUCUCAUUCAUUUUCACCGCCACCUACUGGUGAGAAUGGAAAAGCAUCUACUGAAGAAGAGAAAGUGGAAGAUGAUGAUGAUGAAAAAAUUAAAUUAAAAGAAGAAGCCAUCAACUCACUGCCACCAUACUUCCCUGCUUUACAGGGAUGUCGAUCAGUUGAGGAGUUUCAAUGUCUGAAUAGAAUUGAAGAAGGCACAUAUGGAGUUGUUUACAGAGCUCGCGAUAAAACCACUGAAGAAAUAGUGGCUUUGAAACGUUUAAAAAUGGAAAAGGAGAAGGAAGGUUUCCCUAUCACUUCGCUGAGGGAGAUCAACACAUUACUUAAGGGCCAGCACCCUAACAUCGUCACCGUGCGGGAGAUCGUCGUCGGCUCCAACAUGGACAAGAUCUUCAUCGUCAUGGACUACGUCGAGCACGACCUCAAGAGCCUCAUGGAGACGAUGCGGGGGAAGAAACAAGUCUUUCUACCUGGUGAGAUAAAAUGUCUAAUGACACAACUGUUGAAGGCAGUACAUCACCUGCACGACAACUGGAUAUUGCACAGAGAUCUUAAAACAAGUAACCUUCUGCUAUCACACAAAGGAGUGUUAAAGGUGGGAGACUUCGGUCUGGCACGUGAGUACGGCUCGCCGCUCCGGCAGUACACACCCAUCGUGGUGACGCUGUGGUACCGCGCGCCGGAGCUGCUGCUCUGCUGCAAGGAGUACUCUACACCCAUCGACAUGUGGAGUGUCGGCUGUAUAUUCGCUGAAUUCAUUACAAUGAACCCAUUAUUCCCCGGAAAGUCUGAAGUCGAUCAGCUGAAUCGAAUAUUCAAGGAUCUUGGUACUCCGUCCGAGUUGCUAUGGCCGGGAUACAACGAGCUGCCCGCGGUGCAAAAGAUGACGUUCGCGGAGCACCCGCCGGGCGGACUGCGCCAGCGCAUCGGGUCCGACCUACUCUCCGAAGCUGGUUUGUCGCUACUGCAAGGAUUUCUUACAUACAACCCCGCCCGAAGACUAACGGCUGAUGCGGCGUUAGAACAUACCUAUUUUAAGGAGCAACCGGUAGCGAUAGACCCGGCGAUGUUCCCGACGUGGCCGGCCAAGUCUGAGGGCAACCGGCGCACGACGCACAGCCCGCGCCCACCCGCCGGCGGCGCUGCGUACGCGCAGUACGCUCGCUCCGACUCCGACGACACGGUCGGCUUCCAGCUGCACGCGCGCUCGCUUAACGUCGCCCCAGGCUUCUCGCUCAAAUUCUAAACCAACACGCACCUUUAUCGAAAGUGAUGGAGGGGAGACGGAUUUGACGGGGGAGGGAAUGUAUAAGAAAGAGAAAUAUUUCUUUUUAUACAUCAUCUCUGUCCGUUACAGGUUAACAAUGCAUCUGCAAAUUUUUGACUAAUUGCAGAUGUUUAUGGAAAGUGGCCACUUAGUUAUUUCAGCAAUGUCGAUGGCCGCUUGCCCGUAUACCACCUUCUCUAUUAAAAAAAAUAAAAAAAUCAACAAACCUCAUUCUCUGUAAAUGACUGUAUUUAAAGUGAACAAGAGCUUGAAAAAGUAUAGUUUACUAUAUUUCAAAAACAUGUUUCUUCUAAUAUUAACGUUAACAGUGUAUAAAUCAGCAUUCUUUUUAUUUCUAUAAAAGGAAUCUAAAAAAAGGUGAAAAUACAAGAAAAUGUGGUGUAGUGAAUUACGCAUAAAAAAUCUAUACUUAUGUAAACUAAUGUAUACAAAAAUAUAAAAAAACCUAAAAAGUAAGUCCAUACAUCUUGGACAAAAAAAAAUGUUUAAAAUGCAAAAAAAUUUAAACUUACCCGUUAAUGUUUAUGAAAACCAAUGAUGAAAAUAUGGAAUUGUUUAAAAAAUAUAUAUUUUUCGGCAUCUUGCUCAAUAAAAAUAGUUUUUGUUUGUAUCAAUAAAGAAAUUGUCAAGGAAUAGUAAACAAUUAAUUUAAUCUGUCAACUUUUGUCUGAUUUCUCGGAAUUACAUUAUUAUAAUAAAAUGUUUGUUACACCUGUUAAAGUAAUAUUUGUAAUUUAUGUAUUUAGUCAAUGUUUAGCAAAGUUAGCUAAUAUGGAGUGUAUGAUAUUUGAUUAUCAUCUUUGCCUAAUUUAGAUUUUAUUUUCCAUAUAUGUACAAAAAGUCAAUUGCAAAAAUUAUAAUUUUAUUUGUAACCAGCGUAUGGCAAUAUAAUAAUAAUAUGUCUGUUCUCUAGACAUAUUGGUCAAUCGAUGAUAGGUUAAAAUAAAUGUUUGCCAUAACUUCUUUAGACUUUUUUCAUUACGAUUACAAAGAAAAAAGAAAUCUAUAUUUUUAGAUUUUUAAAAAUCAUCAAUGUUCAAGGCUCGAUUUUUUUACUAAUAACAGUGUACAUACCGUUAAACCCACAGGAUGUUUCUCUACAGGUAUUUUGGUGGACACGUAUGAUAAAACCUAGACUUUAUCCCAAAUGAGUUUAAACUCGUUACAUCUCGCUAAACUGAUUAACCAAGAUAAUAUCGAUUAAUCGAUUAAUUGUACAUACAAAAUAAAACACUGCUGAAUUUAUAUGGAAUUCUUGAUAAUGACAUAUUUUUUGUAAUUUAUUAAAUGUACGAAACAUUUACUGUGAAGUAAGUGUCGUGUAACACUGGAUAUUGUUCUUUCAAUAAUACUGUUGUUACAAUUCUGAAAAUAGUACCAAAUCAUUUGAGUGCGAAUGUAAACGUGGUUUGAUGUAUGUAGGUAUUUGUAAAAUAAAUU